AGCCCUCUGCUGAGCUGUGAGGAGCCGCGGGUCCCACAGGGCAUCUGUCUUGGGGACACGGGCAGGACGAGGUGCUGCAGCUGUUGGCACCUCUGAAGACUUUCCAAGAGUUCGUCUGUCUUCCUUGAUCAUCUCCUUCAGGAAUUAGUUUCUGAGGAAUCUCUGGAGGAGAGGGGCAGUGUUGCAAUGGCCGGCAGGAGCCAUCUGCAGCAGGAAGGCCCAUCGGAGGCAUCAGAAGACUACCGCUGCGCCAUCUGCCUGGACAACAUCAGCAACAUGGCGUGCGUGUACCCGUGCUUCCAUCGCUUCUGCACUGACUGCAUCCAGCGGUGGGCUACCACGAGACCGGUGUGCCCACUUUGCAGGCAGCCUAUUGACCGUGUCCUGCACACGGUGAGAGCAGACGACGACUACCAGGAGUACGUAGUCCGCUCAUCCUCCCAUCGGCAGAGAAGAAGGGCAGCAGAGAGGUCCAGGAGCAGAUCCCCGCUGCGGCACAGACGGCCCAGGAACAACGGGUUCCCAGCGAGGAGCAGCUCCACAGGCAGCGGCCAAGUGUCACGGGCUGACACAGCUCCGAGUGCUCCUGCAGCGAGCACUUCUGGGGAGCAAAGCCCACCGAGCGCAGCAGAGCGCAUCGUCAGCCCUGGUGACGGAGAGCAAGUCCGCAUUGGCACGCUGCUGCUGCCACCUCUACGGAUCCAGCUCCCCAGUCGGACAGCCCAGUAAACAUCUGGAUGCUUUCCAGGGAAUGGCUUUUACCAAAGAACAAUCCCAUGCACGGAAUACUUCCCAGCGUUGUCUCAAGGGCACAGAAAAUCAAGAGGGGAGAAUUUCCUGGAGCAUGCGGUGAUUUCGUUUAAUGGUAGCAUCGCAACUGGGAAUACUUCACUCUGUCAGUCCCAGCAGCUUAAGCCUUUCCCUGAUGCUUCUCUACAACAGCAGCCCCACAUCCUCC